UGCAUCUCCACAUUUCUGCCGACCUGAGAGCCCAUUAAAGAAGUAGAAACUGCGAGGAAAUGGUCUCUUAAGAGACCCUCUGCUGCCACUUUCAUGGCAGUAACGAAUGCUUUUCGACUCCAGUUUGAUCCACCGCCUUUUCAUUGCAAGUUCUUCGACUGGGGAGAACAUCGGUCGACCCUCGUCGAUUCUUUCACGUAAGAGAUGGAUAACAUGCAGCCGCUGUGCCUCGUCUUCCUCUUCCUCUGCUCCACCCUGUUGCUGCAGUGGUCGCAGGGAUGUCACCCCCACGACCGUUCGGCCCUUCUCACCUUCAAGGCCGGCAUCACCGCCGACCCCUCCGGCCUCCUCCGCUCCUGGGACUCGGCCACGGACUGUUGCUCCGCGUGGGACGGCGUGGCCUGCGACGCUGCCACUGGCCGCGUCGUCAACGUCUCCCGCCCUGGCCUCUCCUUCGGGCCCGACUUCAUCUCCGACGCCUCCAUUGCCGGGAGUCUCUCGCCUGCCCUCGGCGACCUCUUCUCCCUCCGUAGGGAGGUUAUACAUAUUCAGCAUGGAGGAUUUUUCUUGAGAGAUUUCCUCGACUGUCUUGAGGAAAUCUUAUCUGCUUCUCAACUGCUGAGAGAUUUCCUCAACUGCCUUGAGGAAAUCUUAUCUGCUUAUCACAACCAACUCACCGGCUGCAUCCCCUCCGCAAACCUCACCCGACUCCGGAAGCUCUCCCUCGGCAACAACCGCCUCUCCGGAUCGCUUCCCUCGCUUCCCCCUUCCAUGUUCACCUCUCCAUUUCUUUCCGUGGUCUCUCUUUCCAACAACAGGCUAACCGGCGGCAUCCCGGCAUCCAUCGGGCGGGUACCUGCAAUGGAGGCACUAGACCUCCAUGGCAACCACCUCACCGGCUCCAUCCCCAUGGAGAUCGGAUUGCUGCGAAGGCUCACUGUUCUUGAUCUUUCAGAGAACAAGAUCUCCGGCGGCAUCCCCAGCUCCAUAGGCAAGCUCAAAAACCUGGUGGUUCUCUACUUGAACCAGAACCGCAUCACGGGAAGCAUUCCGCCUUCCAUCGCCGGUAUGGUCUCGCUGCAGUUCUGUAGGAUGUCGGAGAACCAGCUCACCGGGAGCAUCCCGGAUUCGAUCGGCGGCCUACCUAGCAUCGAGAGACUGAUACUGGAGAACAACAAGCUCACCGGUCAGCUGCCCGCCGCUAUAGGACGCCUCGCCACGCUCACGGACAUCUUCUUCUCCAACAACCGAUUUACCGGCAGGAUCCCUUCCAGCUUCGCCAACCUGGCCAAUCUGCAGACGUUAGACCUGUCGCGGAACCGCCUCGGUGGUCCAAUCCCCGCCGAGCUCUCCCGCCUGCGGAACCUCCAAGAGCUGGAUCUCUCCUUCAACUCCCUGAUGCACUUGGGCAGGCCGCCGAGCUGGCUCGGCCAGAUGAACAUAUUCAAGCUUGUCCUGGCGGACACAGGGAUCUCCGGUCCGCUGUCUGACUGGCUGUCGUCGGCGUCGUCCAUCUCGAUCCUCGACCUUUCCAGCAACGGACUGGUGGGGGAUCUCCCGCCGUGGAUCGGCAACAUGACCGGGCUCUCGUUGCUCAACCUCUCCAACAACACUCUGCAUUCGGGGAUCCCGGAGGGGUUCAAGAACCUGACGCUGCUGAUGGACCUGGACCUGCACUCCAACGAGCUGUACGGCCGGCUGCGGCUAGUGCUGGCGAAGGGGACGCAGGACCCCUUGGGGCACUACCGGACGCUGGAUCUGUCACGCAACCGGUUCACCGGGGGGCUUGACGAGGGCGUGGGGGAGCUGGCCGCGAUGGACACAGUAGAGAGGCUAGUGGUGUCGCACAACCCAGAGCUUGGCGGCGGGAUACCGGCGUCCAUGGCGAGGCUGGCGGCGCUGAAGGAGGUGGGGAUGGCGGGGAACGGGCUCUCCGGGAGCAUACCUGAGGGCGUGCUGGACCUCGCGCGACUGACCGAGUUCGAUGUGUCAGAUAACAGGCUCAGCGGUCGGAUACCGCGCCAUCGGGCUCCCUUGACGGCGGAGGGCUUCAGAGGAAACACGGGGCUCUGCAGCGCGCCUCUCCCGCCAUGCAAGCUGUGGUAACGAGCCAAAGUACACAGGAAGGAGUCUCAGAUUUAAUUUCCCGAUGUCAAGGUGACGGAGAACAAAACAAAACUUUCUUGUUUGACAAUUCAUGGAAACGUAAGAACGGCUUGCACUUUUUUCUUUUUCGUUUUUUGGAGUCCAAUUGUCUAUUAAGGUGAGGAAUCUUAAUAUAUCAAACUAUAUAAUAUAAUAUAAGGCUACAUACUUACAUAAUUUAUAGA